UUUCGUUCGCCGUCUUAUUGAUUUUCUGCAUGAAUUAGGCAUAAUGACGAGUUCACCGGAAACGAGAUUUCCUCUGGUUGCGAAAGAUUACGAGAUUUUAGAAGAGAUAGGCGAUGGUGUUUACAGAGCUCGAUGCAUUCUACUUGAUGAAAUUGUAGCCAUCAAGAUCUGGAACCUUGAAAAAUGCACCAACGAUCUGGAAACCAUAAGGAAAGAAGUUCAUAGAUUGAGCUUAAUUGAUCAUCCAAAUCUAUUGAGGGUGCAUUGCUCUUUCAUAGAUAGUAGCAGCUUGUGGAUUGUGAUGCCUUUUAUGUCGUGCGGCUCUUCCUUGAACAUAAUGAAAUCAGUCUAUCCAAAUGGUCUUGAGGAACCUGUAAUUGCUAUAUUGUUGCGGGAGAUUCUUAAAGCUCUUGUUUACCUUCAUGGACUAGGACACAUCCAUCGAAAUGUUAAGGCUGGGAAUGUACUGGUUGACUCAGAAGGAACUGUUAAGCUCGGUGACUUUGAAGUUUCAGCAUCCAUGUUUGAUAGUGUGGAAAGGAUGCGUACUAGUUCUGAGAAUACUUUUGUUGGAAAUCCACGCCGGAUGGCACCUGAGAAGGAUAUGCAGCAAGUUGAUGGCUAUGAUUUCAAAGUGGAUAUCUGGUCGUUUGGCAUGACUGCCCUGGAACUUGCCCAUGGUCAUUCACCUACCACGGUGCUACCAUUGAACUUACAAAAUUCUCCCUUUCCUAACUAUGAAGAAGACACGAAAUUCUCUAAGUCUUUUAGAGAGUUGGUCGCAGCUUGCUUGAUAGAAGAUCCAGAAAAACGUCCGACCGCUUCACAACUACUGGAAUAUCCGUUCUUACAGCAAACUCUUUCUACUGAAUACUUGGCUAGUACAUUUCUUGAUGGCCUCUCUCCGCUUGGUGAGCGUUAUAGAAAGCUGAAGGAGGAAAAGGCCAAGUUGGUUAAAGGUGUAGAUGGUAACAAGGAGAAAGUAUCUCAGGAAAAUGUUGAAGCGCUGCUGACGGAACCUGCUAUUCUUGUGAACCCUGUUUCUUGUGAUACUGCUCAAGUCCUCCCAAUCGUACAGAAUAUCCUGAUCCAGAAUGAUAUCCAAAGGAAAAGGUUAAUCGGUUUAAUGCAACUCUGUGAUCCAACUGCUGAAAUCAGAAUUCCGAUUGGCAAUACAGAAGUUGGGCAGGUUGGGUUUGCUUCUCAUACUUUGCUAGUGACAUAUGCAUAGAGAGAGGCCGAGAACUAAGAGCCAAAAGUUCUGAAUUCACAGAUAUCAACAACAGAGACAGAUCUAUUGUCUGAGGUUCACGUUUUGCAGCAGAGCGUUAAGAAUCUUGAAGAAGAGGUUGAGAAACACAAAACAGAAAAUGCUCAGCUAGAAGAACAGAUCAACCGCUUGACGAGGAGCAGUGACCCUUAAAAGCAGAAUCUGCUUUGUGCUCCAUCUUUAAAGAGAGGCACUCCGUUUGUGAAUAUUCCAUAUAUUGUUUUUUUGAAUUUGGUGGAUCUAAAUCACCAUUAUCCAUUCUUUUACAGAGGCAUCAUUCAUCUAAAUCAGAUACACGAAUGUAAAGUCAGUGAACAGCUAAAAACCAUAAGAGGGCUCUUUACAAGUUUCACAAAGUGUAUAAAUGAAUCUAUUGUUUGUGUAAAAG